CAAGAACAUGAGAUUCCUUAUUACACACAAUCCAACCAAUGCGACCUUAAACAAAUUUAUAGAGGAACUUAAGAAGUAUGGAGUUACCACAAUAGCAAGAAUGUGUGAAGCAACUUACGACACUACUCUCAUGGAGAAAGAAGGCAUUCGUGUUCUUGACUGGCCUUUUGAUGAUGGUGCACCACCAUCCAACCAAAUUGUUGAUGACUGGUUAAGUCUUGUAAAGAUUAAGUUUCGUGAAGAACCUGGCUGCUGUAUUGCUGUCCAUUGUGUUGCAGGCCUUGGCAGAGCUCCAGUGCUUGUUGCCCUAGCAUUAAUUGAAGGUGGAAUGAAAUAUGAAGAUGCAGUACAGUUCAUAAGACAAAAGCGGCGUGGAGCUUUUAACAGCAAGCAACUUUUGUAUCUGGAGAAUUACCGUCUUAAGAUGCGGCUUCGCUUCAAAGAUUCCAAUGGUCAUAGAAACAACUGUUGUAUCCAAUAAAACUGGGGUGCCUGAUGCCAUUGCCUUGGAAAUGGAACUUCAGAUGGGACCUGAUUUGUCAUACAUAAUUAGCCAACAUGUUGGCUUAUUGAAUAAGUCUGCUGAAGCUUCCAUGGGAAUAUUGAAAACCAGUCUUACCAGGCCACAAGUUUGACAGAAUUGCAUCCUCUAUAUUUGGGUUAUGAUCAACCUGUUUGGACACUUAACAAAAGAUCUUUGCUGGUCAGCAUUUAAAAUGUGCUUAUUAUUUGUACCAAUUGACCUUUCCUAAAAUAUGGUAUUGAGUUACGUCCUUAUAUGUAUCCUGUGCCAGAGUAUUAUUAGUAUAUAAGGGAUUUAGAAAGAUUAGGUGCCAAAAUACCCAUCACAAUACCUGUAUAUUUUUAGCAUCAUACAGAACCAAAAUUCAGGAACUAAGAACACUCUAGACCUUCUUUCCAUGGUUUAUUCCUUCUGUCAUUUCAAAUACUGCAGGGCUUCUCGUUAUCUGCCUGCUCACUCUAUGUUUACAUCUCCCACACUCAUACCAGUAUACAUUAGGUUUGCUUAGCCAUCAAUAUUUUUUAGCAAGUCUUGUGCUGUCUUUAUGUCUUUCUUUGUGAUGUUAUGGGAAACCUCCAUUUGAAAAUCGACUUUGUUACAGAAGCACAUAUCUUCAAUAAUGUCUCCAGACAAAAAGCCUUAGUUAAUUUAAUGUUUGCACUCAAAGGUGCAACUUACAGGGAGGGCCUGAUAAAGAAUGAGAGGAGGCUAUUAAUAAGUAUUUUUAGUAAAUGUUGCCUUUGUCUUGUGCAGAAAAUGUAGAAUAUGGUCUUUAAUUUAGUAAAUAUUUUUAAAAAGUAUAGAUACAUUGUUGUAGCUAACCAAUUCUUAAUCAAAAUUUCUGAAAUUCUUUUUUUCCAUACCUAUCAGAAGUUGUUUUCCAACUUGCUUGAAUUAUGGUUUUCCCAUUCUUCCCAACCUCUCUUG